AUGAUGAUAAUUUAUAGUAUUGAUGAUAAUGAUGGUGAUGACGAUGGAGAGCAUUGUGUUGAUGAUAAUGAUGAUGAUGGUUUCUUUUACCAUGAUGAUGAUUAUCAUGAUGAUGGUUUCUUUUCCCAUGAAGUUGAUGAUAAUGAUGGAGAUGGUUUCUUUUACCAUGAUGAUCAUUAUGAUGAUGAUAGUUUCUUUCACCAUGAUAAUGAUUCACAUGAUGAUGGUUUCUUUUACCAUGAUGUUGAUAAUGAUGAUAAUGAUGGUUUCUUUUACCAUGAUGUUGUUGAUGAUGAUUUCUUCUACUAUGAUGAUAAUUAUGAUGAUGACGGUAUUUUUUACCAUGAUGUUGAUGAUGAUGAUGAUAAUGACUUAUCUUAUGGCAAUGAUGAUGACUAUGGUUUCUUUUCAAUGAUGAUGAUUAUGAUGAUGAUGAUGAUGAUGAUAAUUAUUUUUUAUUAUUAUGAUGAUGAUAAUGAUUUAUCUAAUAAUUAUGAUGAUGAUGAUGAUGUAUUUUCAUGA